AUGGAUGUUCAUAAUGCUUUCUUGCAUGACGAACUUGAUGAAGAAGUUUACAUGACCCUACCACCCAACUAUUGUAUUAAGGGGGAGACACGCGCUGACCACUCUCUAUUUACCUUGAUUACUGCUACUAAUCUCAUGCUUGUUCUAGUGUAUGCUGAUGACAUCUUGGUCGUCGGUAAUGAUCUCUCUCAGGUCACUUUCUUCAAGAUUGUUAUUUCCACUCACUUCAAAACCAAGGAUCUUGGUCCUCUCAAAUAUUUCCUUGGAUUUGAAGUUGCUCGAUCCUCUUCAGGCAUUUUUCUUAAUCAGCAAAAAUAUGCCCUGGACAUCCUUGCCGAUAAUGGACAACUUGGCUCUCGUCUUGCUUCCUUUCCCAUGGAACAGAACCUGAAGCUCAACAACAUUGAUGGUGAUCUACUUCCUGAUCCUGCUCCUUACAGACGACUAGUUGGACAUCUCAUUUAUCUCACCAUUGCCAGACCUGAUAUAGUCUUUCUAGUGAAUAUUCUCAGCCAGUUCAAGCAUGCUCCACGGAUUCCUCACAUGACAGCUGCCACCCGUGUCCUUCACUACAUUAAAAGUACUCCAAGUCAAGGCAUCUUUUUUUCCUCCUCUACUGAUCUUCACGUUAGUGCUUACACAGACUCUAAUUGGGCCAGCUGCCCUACUACUCGACGCUCUACCACUAGUUUCUUCAUUACUCUUGGAUCUAAUCCUAUUUCGUGGUGCACUAAGAAACAGACUACAAUCGCUCAAUCCUCUACAGAAGCCGAAUACCACGCCAUGGCUAUCACCACCUGUGAACUUGUAUGGUUACAUCACCUUCUCCACGAUCUCAGCAUCUCACACAAAGCUUCCAUGACCCUCUAUUGUGACAAUCAGUUGGCUCUCUAA